GAGUAACGCACAAAGCUACAUGUGACAAAACUUUUCAAUCGCACUUAGAAUUUAUUUUUGUGUAAAAGAAUAUUGGUCAUUAUGAUGCUCCAAAUUGGAUUGACUCUAAUAAUUUAUUCAACAGUGUAUAUAAAUGGUGCAACUAUAUCGAAUUUUAUACCAUUGCAGCUGUCAAUCGAAACACUUGAAAAUACACUAACCGAUCCUACAUACGAAUACAAUACGAAUGAGAACGAUCUAAAAAAUAAUGAACCCAACAUUUGCACGACCGAUGUUUGUGUGAAAGAGUCUGUACUUAUGAUGAGUUCACUAGACGAAAGUGUUAAUCCGUGUGACGAUUUCUAUGAUUUUGCAUGUGGCAACUUUAUCAAAAAUACUAUUAUUCGUGAAGAAAAAACAAUCGAAAUGUCAUUCAUAGAAGUGCAAGAUAAGGUUGACGAGCAAUUGCGUAACAUGUUAGCGGAAGAUCCCCAGCCAAAUGAAUCAAAUGCAUUUAAGCUGGCAAAAAUAUUCAGACUUUCUUGUAUCAAUGAAACAGCACGAAAUGAAAUAGGCAUCACGCCAAUUGUGGAGAUUCAUGAGAAAAUCGGCGGUUGGCCCGUUGUUAAAGGUGAUUGGGAUUCGAAAUCAUGGGAAUGGAUGGAAGCUAAUAAAAUUCUAUCGAAUGCCGGCUUAAGUGAUUCAUUCAUUUUUCAAUUUUAUAUCACGAUUGAUUCAAAAGAUUCAUCAAAACGUGUUAUUGCAGUUAGCCAGCCCAGCUUUGGGAUAUCACAAAAGUUUUUGUUGCGAGGAAUGGAAGACACAAAUGUCAAGGCUUAUUAUGACUUUAUGGUUGAUGUCGCUGUGAUUUUUGGAGCAAAUAAAAGAAAUGCUGAAAUUGAGCUUCUUGAUGCGCUUCAAUUUGAAAUAGAAUUAGCAAAGAUCUCCUUGCCUGCAGAAGAGCUUCGAAAUAGGUCUGCUCUCUACAAUCCCCAUUCCAUUCACCAGCUGCAGUUGUCAUACCCGUACAUAAACUGGUUGGACUACAUUAAUUGGAACCUAUAUGGUGAAUUGCAUGUUGAUGAAACUGAAAUUGUAAUUAUUCUCGAUACCAAAUAUGUCUCUCAAGUGAAUGCCGUUCUUGAGUUGACGCCAAAACGAACAAUAGCCAAUUAUUUUGCAUGGAAAUCGGUAUUGAAUGAGGCAAAGUUAUUGAAUAACGCACUUCAUCAGCGACGACAAGAAUAUCUUGCCAAAACAAGUGGUAUGCUCAAAGCAGAUCCCCGUGACACUGAAUGUUUAAAAUUGACAAUGAGCCAUCUACCCAUCUCAGUGGCCGCACUCUACGUUCGUAGAUAUGCUGAUGAAGAAUCGAAAAAAUCAGUAAUUGAUAUGUACAAAAAUAUUCAUGCGGAGUUUAUAAAAACAUUGAAUAAAGUUGAAUGGAUGGAUGAUGUGUCAAGGAUGAUGGCCAUAAAAAAAGCAAACCAAAUGCAAUACCACAUCUCUUAUCCCGCUGAACUAAUCGAUGAUACAAAAUUAGAACAAUAUUACCAGGGCUUGGAAUUAAAACCGGACUCGUUUUUCCAUAAUGUUCUACGAAUUCGUAACUUCAGUACCAAACUUGCGAUAAAUAAACUACGGAAAAGCGUCAAUAAAACAGACUGGGAAACACAUUCAAUGUCAUUCCUUGUCAACGGUUUUUAUUCUCCUCCUGAAAAUAGCAUACAAUUGCCUGCAGCUGUGCUCCAAGAUCGUUUCUUCUCAGCUGAUCGACCAUCUUAUAUGAACUACGCAACAAUUGGAUGGUUUAUUGCGCACGAAAUAACUCACGGAUUCGAUGACGAGGGACGACAAUUCGAUAUCAAUGGUAACGUAGCGAAUUGGUGGGAUUUUGAGACUGAACGCAAGUUUUCAUCAAAAGCUCAAUGUAUAAUUGAUCAGUAUUCCAGUUAUAUCCAUCCGGAAUUAAAUUUAAAAGUCAAUGGAAUAAUCACGCAAGGUGAAAAUAUAGCCGACAAUGGUGCAGUGAAGGGAAUGUAUGCAGCUUAUCAAAAGUUUGUCCAGAAUAAUGGUCCAGAACCUAUCUUGCCCACACGAUCAAACUAUACAUCGAACCAAUUAUUUUGGAUUUCAGCCGCACAACUUUGGUGCGCGGUGUCACGACCUGAGUUUGAUAGAAUACAAUACACUACAGAUGAACAUGCUCCAAACAGAUACCGUAUAAUUGGAACGUUCAGCAAUAUGGAGGACUUUUCACGUGAUUUCCACUGUGCGCCCCAAACAAAUAUGAAUCCUGCAAAUAAAUGCGAAAUUUGGUAAAAUUAUAAAUAAAAAUAUGUUUAAAAAAUAUGUAUAAAAUA